AUGACAGCCUUCCGCAAGAUUCACAUUAGUCCCAAUUGCACUACUGUCCAUCAGAGGUUUUACGAGAGCGUCGAAGAAGGGGAUGAUUACCGCUCCGAAGAGGAUAUAUAUACUGGUAACUCACAGUCGAGCUCUUCUUCUGCUUUCAGCCCUGAUACGUCGGAAGCUCUCAAUCUUGAAGCUAUGAGUCGAAAACGUGCUGUUUCCGACUGCGAAUAUAAUAGGAGCCCCGCAGAGUUCAAGCGAGCAAGGGCUACUACCUCUCUCAACCCGAAAACGCCCCUUGAACAGCCCAUUUGUUUUAUACUUCCAGAAGCUAUAUGGGCCAAUAUAUUUUCCCUGCUACCCCCGGCCGAGUUGGGCCGCCAGCGUCGUACCUGCAAGUUAUUUAAGUGCUAUUUGGAUAAUGAAAAUAUCUGGCAAAGGAGCAGAAAAAGAUUUCUCCCAGACCACCCAAAACCCGUGUUUGGAUUGGCUGAAUGGGAGAUGUUAAGUCUUAUUCUGGGAACUGGGUGCAUGCUUUGUGAAAAAGGUGCGUCCAGAAGAGAACAUAGUAGCAGCCCACCAAACGUCAAAGUUAGAAAGGCAGUGAUUUAUUGGCCUUUCCGGGUGAGAUGCUGUAAAGUGUGUUUGGAGGAAAAUACUACAAAGGAAUUUUUGCUUCACUCAUCUAAGUCAUUCCCUGACGUUUUAUUGACCCCUUUACCAUUUGGAAUCGUUGACUUGCGCAAUAACUGGAUCUCCAACUCGACACAUUACCAGCCAAAUAUCGGUCUAACGAGAAUAUUUUGGAAUGCUGAUAUUCAAGACAUGCUCGAAAGAUAUCAAGAAGCAAAGGAUAUGAGAGCCCAGGAAGAAUGGUUGAAAGGCCUGAAAGCUGAAGGAAUGGCCCAUAAGCUAGAUAUCAUAAGAAUUGAAAGAUUCGAAAAUAUGCAGAUUAACGGGUCAGAUUCCCGAUCAGCGUACGCAGGUGGUUCCUAUCCAGGUGGAAACAGCGCAGAGCUUGGCUUGCUACAGGGAGAAUUUCUACAGAAAGAAUAUACUGUGCAGCCUGGGAAUAUUCACAAUGAUGACCAGUGCCGGGAAGGGCCUGCCCUGCAUCAAAAUCCAAGCGUGAAUCUCGACAAUAACUCAGUUACAAAAUCGAGUGCCGUGAGUAUAGAGUCAAAAGCUGGCCUUCUGCUCUGUGAACCGGAAAGUGCUAGUGGAGUUAAGAACUAUUUCAAACAGUUUGAUUCUUCUCAGGUUUCGGGCUCUGUCCAAGUAGAGCAUACUGUCCACGAAGCACUAGAAGUGAAAUCUAAGCGUCGCGCCGACAUCGAAUUCCGCUGUCUUCAAAUGAGACCUUUUCUAAAGCCCGAGCUUUUGGCUCAGUUACCGGCAUUUCAAGCUGCCAUCAAGAUACCACUUCCUCUCACUGAGCACGCGUGGGAAAACCUCAAAGUUAAGUUAUUAAAACAAAUCUCAGAUGAAUAUGAACAGGGCUAUGGAAAAACCGGCCCACUAAAGAUAAAGUUGCUGCAUGAAGAUCGAAAGAUUCUAGAGCAGAAGCAAAAAGAAGCAAAGGAAAGAAAAGAAAUUGAAUGGGAUGAACUCCAGGUUCCUGUGCGUGCAAGGCUGAUAAUAUACGCCGAUGAAAUUACCAAACAUUGGCUUGGCUGCAUCACAAAAGACACUGCCCCGAAGUUCGCAGUUGAUGUUUUGAGCUAUUGCAGGCGUCGGUUCUAUGAGGAAACCCCUUACUCCACAGAUGAUCCCUACCGUAUUAAUCCUCUUGAUACUACAACUCGAGUUGGUAAAGCAACUUUAGAAGUGCCUACUAUUCGAAGGUUGACACUAGAGAACAUGAAAUUCGUGUUUGAUAAUAAGAUCAGGCCAUUGACAGACCAAUUUGGGAGGGAACUAUUUGCUUGUAGUGGGUGCGAGCACAACUCGAGAUUUUACGCCUUUGAAGGUGCUAUACAGCAUUAUGCUGCUAAACACACUUCGCAGCUAAGCUUUGGGUCAAUAGUUGUUCACUGGAGGGCUGAUUGGCCAGAAAAGCUGCCGUUCAAACUUGAUCAUCCAAUCUCCUACCCCACAGCUGUUCCUUUUUUCCAAUCGGACAUGAAUAUUAGUCAAUGGCAAUUUUACCCGUCUCUUCAAACGUCCAUAACGCACCAACUUCCGGGAAUCUUUGCCCCAGUGUCUGUCGGUCUACAUACAUCGCAUGCAGCCUAUAAUUUCUCAAAUUAUUCUGGUUACAACUAUCCUCCUCAUCACCGACAAUCGCAUCAGGGAAUCCCACAGUCUGAAUCCAUCAGUCAAACUCACUGUAUCUAUCUUGAGCAAAUAGCUCAGGACUCUCGGAGCGCCUGGUUUCAACUUUCUGGCAUCAAGGACCUUCCAUCGUCUGUUCGAGUUCAUUAUCUCAUCUCCAAAAUCGUUCCUAGUUUUCAGAACAAGUUCUCUUGCGAGCCGUCAUUAGCAGUGUUCAUUGAGGCACUCAAGGAAUAUAAAUCUUUGAAGCCUAUAAGAAAUACAAAUGGUCUCCUCUGUCUUGAGUGCUACAAGAGUCCUCCGCCGCCCACAGCCGAAGGCAAUAUUAGAGCUGGAAGGCUUUUCACAUUUUCAGCGUUACUUCAGCAUUUCGAAACUAUCCAUAUAUUGCGAAAUCGAGCCAUGACAAAACCGGACUGGAAAACAGAAAUGGUGAAGUUACCUGAAGCAAGGGUUAUUGGAAUGAUAAGCCAAGCACAAGGGAUGGACGUAGAGAAAUACAGCUUACUAAAAAGCGUUUUCCCGCUAGCAUUUCCUCUGCCGUUCCAUGGAGUGAAUUCUAGCGGUAUAAUCAAUGAGGCAACAUGUGGGGUUCCGUCUGAAGGUCAUAUUAAUAUUGAUAUCUGUAAUCCACUCAAGGAGAUAGGAUCAGAGCAGAAAGGUAUACGGCUGAACAAUCAUAAGGAAAUGUCUACAGCCCCCGCUAGAACGAAUCACAGCCCCCAGCAAGACUUACACAUUGGAAUCGAUUGCCAACGUCCAUCAUACGUUAAUAGCAAUGGACAUCGAUGUAGAUCUCUCAAGAAAAUUCAUGAGCCAGAACUGCAAACAAAAUCACCUCAGUGCGCCGACAAAUCAGAAAUGACCGCUGCAGAGCUUUUUCUCGAGAAUUUCCUUCGAAAUACGGGGGAUAAUCUACAACUAGAUCGCAAAAAAGAAGAAGAAAUAGCACAUACCUCGGUGGUCAUUUCAGAAAAAGCACAUGACUCUUCAGCUUACUCGCCUGAUCCCUAUUAUCAGGGGGAUAGGGAUAAUAUCCUCGAACACGACCGGUCUAGUCUUCAGAUCACACCAAACAAGCCCAGGAAGCACAAUCUUCCGAUUGAACCACCAGCAUCCCGUAGUAACCAACAUGACCGAAGGUCGAUGCCUAGAUGUGCACGCUCCAAAUGUCCCAUUAGUCAGAAUAUGUUUAGGUUGCCCGAGACAGCGCUACACAAAAUAUCAUAUUUAAGAAAUUCGCCCACUGCGUCAUGCCAUACUAGCAAGAGGUCCCAUGACAUAGACGACUAUAAAACUCUUCGACAACAGUCAGCAUACUUGAAAGAGAAGUAUAGUGAACCUUUGUACCUUAAGGAAAGCAAUAAAUACUAUGACACAAAAUAUACUCUUCCUUCCCCUGCUUCUCCUCCUCGCCCGCCACCUCCACAGCCACUGCCAAGCAGCUAUUAUAGCUUGAAGAGUUAUAAGAGUUAUCGGGGUACCGAGUGGUCCCAUAUACCUCCAUUGGUGUAUCCUGCUCCGCCAUUACCUUCGACCAUACCUUCAGGGACCCUUUGA